AUGGGGAGGACGAAGACUCGGUCGUUCGGCUGUGGAAAUCAGGAAGAAGGAAGAAAGAAGGACUCGGUCGGAAUUGCGAAGCAGGAACAAAGAUUUGCCGGCCCGGUGCCACUCCAACUCCGCUUCUGCCUCCCCGCCACCACAACCCAACCCAAAAUAUCUCUCCACGCCGGCGCACCGGCGCUCACCUCCUCUGCCACGGUGAAGCCCCUCCCGAGCCGCCCGCUACGCCUCCGCCUCCACCUCCGCCCACUCCUCAUGUCCGCCUCCGCCCCCACGAGCUCACUCCACCUCCCCCACCCGGCGUUCCGCACCAGGCGUCCAACCCUCGCGCGCUGCAGGUCCUCCCUCGCCUCCUCCUCCCACUCCUCAGGCGGGGCACCCCCACCCCCACCAGCGAACCCGAACCACCUCAUCCAGACGCUCUGCGCCAACGGCCGCCUCGCGCGCGCCGCCGCGCUCCUCCCGGGCCUGCCCGCGCCGACGCAGCGCACCUACGAGUCGCUCCUCAUCGCCGCCGCGCGGGCGGGGGACGCCGCCCUCACCACCGCCGUGCACCGCCGGCUCGAGGCCGACCCAAUCUUCCGCGCCGACCCGUUCCUCUCCACGCGGCUCAUCGAGUCCUACGCCGCGCUCGGCGCGCUCCCGGCCGCGCGCCAGGUGUUCGACGAGGCGCCCGCCCGCGACAUCUUCGUCUGGAACGCGCUGCUCAAGGCGCUCGCGCUCGCCGGCCACGCCGACGAGGCGCUCGCGCGGCUCUCCGACAUGGGCCGGCUCCGCGUCCCCGCCGACAGCUACAGCUACACGCACGGCCUCAAGGCCUGCAUCGCCGCGUCGGCCUCGCACGCGCUCCCCCGCGUGCGCGAGGUGCACGCGCACGCCGCCCGCCGCGGCUACGCGUCCCACACGCACGUCGCCACCACUCUCAUCGACUGCUACGCCAAGCUCGGGGUCGUCGGCUAUGCCGAGGCCGUGUUCGCCGCGAUGCCGGAGAGGAAUGUUGUUUCCUGGAGCGCCAUGAUCGCGUGCUAUGCCAAGAACGAGAGGCCAGGUGACGCCAUUGAGCUGUUCAAGGAUAUGAUAGCCUCUGAUGCAGGCCUGGUGCCUAACUCCAUCACGAUCGUGAGCGUCUUGAAUGCCUGCGCAGGAGUGAACGCGCUCGAUCAUGGCAAGCUAUUGCACGCAUAUAUUCUUCGGAGGGGUUUCGACUCGCUUGUUUCGGUGCUGAAUGCGUUGAUGGCAAUGUACAUGAGAUGCGGACGCCUUGAAGUUGGCCGGCGUAUCUUCAAUUGGAUGGGAAAGCGGAGGGAUGUUGUUUCGUGGAAUUCGCUUAUAUCUGGAUAUGGGAUGCAUGGCUUUGGUCGUGAGGCGGUUCAGGUGUUUGAUGAAAUGGUCCAAGCCGGGCUAUCACCGAAUAUCAUCACAUUUAUCAGUGUCCUUGGGGCUUGUAGCCACGCGGGGCUUGUGGAUGAGGGGAAGGAGUUGUUUGAGUCAAUGGCGGAUUAUAGUGUCACACCUCGUGCAGAGCACUAUGCUUGCAUGGUAGACCUCCUUGGUCGUGCUGGGCAGCUGGAGGAAGCCGUGGAGCUCAUAGAGAGCAUGCGCAUUGAGCCGAGUCCUCAAGUGUGGGGGGCACUUCUUGGAGCUUGCCGUAUUCAUGGCCAUGUGGAGUACGCAGAGAUGGCUUGCUCUCGUCUCUUUGAUCUUGAACCCAGAAAUGCCGGGAACUAUGUACUCCUUGCUGAUAUUUAUGCUCGAGCGAAACUGCACAACCAGGUUGACGUGCUAAAGGAGUUGCUUGAGGAGCAUGCGCUGGAGAAGGUGACUGGUUGCAGCUGGAUAGAGGUGAAGAAGAAGCUACACUCCUUCACGUCUGUGGACAACAAGAACCCACCUGUUGAGCAGCUUCAAGCUCUGAUAGCAGAGUUUGUGGCGCAGAUGAAAAAUGAAGGCUAUGUCCCUGAUACAGGGAUUGUUCAUUAUAAUAUUGAAGAAGAAGAGAAGGAAAGGAUUUUGCUUGGUCACAGCGAGAAGCUGGCAGUUGCGUUUGGGCUUAUCAAUACUGGCAGUGGGGAAGUCAUCAGGAUCACCAAGAACCUGAGGCUAUGUGAGGACUGUCACUCAGUCACCAAGUUCAUCUCCAAAUUCACAGAGCGGGAAAUUGUUGUCAAGGAUGUGAACCGGUUUCACCACUUCAGGGAUGGAAUUUGUUCAUGUGGCGAAUAUUGGUGAA